AUGAACUCUUCUGACUGCAGGAAGCGUGUGUCAGAGAGAUGGAGUAAGGUAGACUACCGGGUGCUUGGUGAUGGAACCUCAGAUCUUGGGGAAAGCGAAUGCAGUACGGACAUCGAGGAACGGGACAGUAAGAGAGUUCGCCAAGAAAUAAUAGAUUUGACUGCACUCGAUGAUGAAGAAGAAAAAAGCGAAGGAAGCGCUGUGGUGACGCCGUUCAGGCUAAUGCGUUCAAGUAUUUACGAUGGGGGUAUAAACUCGCCGCAUUUUAUUACGCUCGAGGAAAUUUUGAGCUCUAAGUCGCUGAAAAGCUGUGUAUUGUUCAGCUAUCAAUUCGGAAUGGAUUUCUUAUUAGAGCAAUUUCAUACAAGUGUCGAAAAAAUAACAAUUAUAGGCCAGAGGGGUACUAUCACACCGAUAACCUCGGGGCGGGCUCUAGAGUUUGUGAAAAAGUUAGACAUUGUUGAAAUAUUCAUGCCACCAUACACUUGCCAUCAUUCCAAAAUGAUUGUAAGCUUUUUUAAGGACGAUUCCUGUAAAAUAUACAUGCCUUCCAACAAUUUCACUUAUGAGGAGACGAAUCUACCACAGCAGGUCUGUUGGUGUAGUCCCGUACUACAGCGAUCCAAUGGUAUGUAUUCAAGAAACAGCUCGAAGUUUCAAGACAAUUUGAUUGAUUACCUAGCCUCCUACGAGAACAAUCUGAUAAACAGGCGGUUAAUUCCAGUAAUUAAGAAACUUAAUUUUGAGCCGUUGAAAAAUGUUCAGUUCAUAUACUCUACUCCUUCCAAAAAAUUUGCGUCCGGGUUUCAGCUUUUGGCUGAUUCGCUGCCCAGAAAAACUGGAACGGAUGAAGGAGACGCACUUAAGCAUUAUUUGUGCCAAUCGUCAACGAUUGGAUCCGCAAUUUCUAAAAAGACCCACGGAAACCUCUUCACCCAUGUAUUCAUACCGUAUCUGGAGGAAAUAAUGACAAAGAGUUCCAAACCAUUACAAACAGAUACGGUAUUGCAAGAGUUUAACAAACGACGCAUCAAACCGUAUAUUUUAUAUCCAACGGUUCAAGAGAUUCAAAACUCGCCAGCUGGAUGGUUAUCCUCAGGAUGGUUCCACUUCAAUAGGCUGAAGGAUGUAGUGCACUAUGAUAAUCUAUUGAAAAAACUUGACGCAUUUUAUAAACAAAAUCCAAAUGAUUUAUCACGGGAGAGAAAAGCUACACCAUGUCAUUCAAAGUUUUACUUCAAGUCCACCACAACCAACGGGGAAGAAAAACAAAAUUCUCAAUUCGACAAUCUUGAUUGGUGUAUUUAUACUUCCUCCAACCUGAGUCUUAGUGCUUGGGGAAAUCUAAAUGGGCUUCCAAGAAAUUAUGAGGUUGGUGUUUUAUUUGUUUCCGACCAGAAUUCACUGCAAUGUCAAAGCUUCAAUGACGUCAUUUAUAACAGGUACAGGCUUAAGAGCAGAGAAUUGAAACAACCUUCAGUGGCCCCAUCCACCGUUAUCAUGGUCCCGUUCGGAUUACCACCAACCAAAUAUGAUAUAGAAAAGGGCGAUGAGGCGUUCUGCAUGUCCAAGAACUAUGAUCUUGUUGAUAUCAAUGGCCGCGCAUAUGAAACUUGA